AUGGACCCCCAAGUGUUAGCUGACUGGGCGGAGUGCGAUAAAACCGACACUCUCUUCGUGGUGAUUUGUAGUGUCAUUUGCUGGGGAAUUAUCCCAGCUGUCGGCCUUGGUUAUUCAGGGUAUUCCACGCGCCACAACUCCCUGGCAUCUUUUUUCCCCGCAUUACUGGCGGUCAUCUGUGUCUCCCUUCAGUGGUACAUUCUAGGUUACUCGCUAGCUUACGGAGAAGGCAAUGGAUUCAUCGGAGAUUUGAAAUAUGUUUUCCAUCAAGGUGUUCUUGCGCAGCCGGUGGGCACUAUUCCAGCCAUUCUGUUCAGUGAAUUCCAGCUUGUCUUUGCCGCUACCGUUGCGGCAAUUGCCAUCGGAGGGGCUUGUGAACGAGGCAGACUGCUUCCCCUGGUUCCCUUUCUUUUCCUCUGGACCACCUUUGUAUACUGCCCGCUGGCGCACAUGGUAUGGUCCGAAUCUGGGUUUUUAAACCAAAUGGGCGUCCUCGACUUUGCCGGUGGAACGCCCGUGCAUAUUUGCAGUGGCGCGACUGCGACUGCUAUAUCAGUGUACCUGUCACAUCCACUUUUUCGCUCACGGAAAUCUAAUGCCCGGACUCCAUCGCAUCUGAAACUCCACAAGCCACACAAUACCAUUUCCCAACUGUUGUCUCUGGUCACGAUAUGGGGAUCCUGGCUUGCAUUUGACGCCGGCACUACCUUGAGCUUUAACUUCAAGUCGGUCCAUGCUCUUUGCGUCACCAAUGUAUGUGCAGCGGCCGGAGCCUUGACCUGGAAUAUAAUCACAUAUUAUGAAACGGGAAAGUUUUCUUUGGACUCAACAUUCCUCGGAGCUAUUUCAGGGUUAGUCAUGAUUACUCCUGCGGCAGGCUUUAUCAGCAUGACCACAUCUCUUUUUUUCGGCAUUGUUGGAGCAUUGGUCUGUCGUCAGGCGCUACGGAUUAAGUUCACUGCUUUAGCUCGACGUCUCAGAUGGGUUGAUAAUGGCACCAUUGCGACCGGUCUCUUUGCCAAUAAAGAAGUGGCUGCUUUUGAUGGAACGACCGAAAUUGUCGGCGGUGUUUUUGUGGACGGUAAUUUCCCUCAGAUCUUUGUUCAGAUCCUCGAAGCCAUUAUUGGUUUUACCUCGGCCUUCGGAGCCUCUUAUCUGAUUUUUGCUGGCCUUGAUUGCAUUCCCGGUCUCGAAGUUCUUGCCAUAGAUGAGACAAGUGUGACUGAAGAGCGCGAGAGGGAUCGAAUCGGUAGCUCUCGACGGCAACAGCAGGAUGUCGCGGAUAACGGUCCUAACGAAAGCUUCGAUGGCCUCCCUAUCGAAUGUCUCCCGGCGUCCUCUCUCCAUUUGAGAAAGACAACGACCAGUACGCUUUCAAAUGUCGAUAUGAACUUCCUCCUUCGGGAAAGCGCACUGGACGGUUUGGCCGAAGACUCCAUAGAGCUUACACGAGGCUGGAAUAUGCCAACGACUGGCGAUUUUGUUGAGAACUCAAGUGAAUAUUUUUAUAAUGAAUUGAAUCUUGAACAGAUGGGCGAUAGCGAUAAUGCUUUUAAUUGCAUGGAACUACAUGACAGUUUCAGGCAUAUCGGGACGUCACAUGAAUCGACGGAAUGGUCUUCUCUUGUUUCUCGAUACUUCCAAAUGAUUGAACACCCCCCAUUGCUUCCAUCAUUGGAGAACAAAACCACAACCCUAGUUCAAUAUUACUUCCAUGAUACAUGCGCAACUUGGUCAUCUUUUGACUCGGAAAAGAACCCAUUUAGGACCGCUAUUGAGGUUCUUUGGCAAAAAUCCCCACUGAUAUACUAUGCCAUCCAAAGUAACGCAGCCGCCCACCUCUCCAAUCAGUUUUCUAGCAUGCAAAUAACGGCCUCCAACAUGCGAGAGAAAGCGCAUGCCGCUUUCCUUCAGGAGCUGCGGAGUGCAACAAAUACCCAUUCAACUGGCGAUGAACUCCUCCUUGCGACACUUCUUCUAGGCGUCUCUGCUUCUUGGCAUGACAGCGAUGACCUGGUCUACUGGGAAAUGGUCGCAGCCUUUGUUUCUGGCGAAGGCUUCAAAUCGCCUCCGAUAACGACACCAGACCCAAGUCAUUUUCCUUGGGCUGAGCCUCUGGCUACCACCGUGAUCCCUCAUCCAUGGACUGGCAUUGCACCUCGAGUAAUGCUACUUUUUGGUGAGGUCGGGCGUCUCGUGCAAGACUACGCAACAUCAGCAGGAAAACCGAGGACAGAUCUGAAUCUGGUGGCCUUAGCGACGAAACUCGAGGAGGAUCUCCUGUCCGUUUGUAUCCCGACAGAGGAUAAGAUUGCAGACGUAUAUGAUGAGUUGACCAGCAAGAAUGACUUCAUAGUCUUUGCCGAGGCUACUCGAUGUGCAGCACUGUUGCAAAUAUAUCGUGUCUUUCCCGAUGUACUUCACUGGAGGCUUGGUGCGGGAACGUUCAAAAUUAUGCCUCUGCUCGACGUGGCGGAACUAAACAGCGGCAAAAACAUGAGCGGCUCAUGGCUCAUCGGUUUAGCAAUGCAUGUCUUGAAUCUCCUUGCCUCCGUUCCCGCUUACUCGGGCGUUCGAUGUGUUCAGUUACUCCCGCUUGCCACGGCAGCUUUUGAACUACGUGCUUCUCCCGGAACUUCAUACAGCGAUGUGGAAAUAGCAAAGUUCCGGGACUUUGUCAUGGGAAGACUAGAGCUUUUGGCAGGGAGACUGCCGUCAAAGCCUAUAUCACGCAUCACGCAACUGUUAAAUGAGGUGUGGCGAAGGAAUGACCGAGGCGAUGAUACUUUCUGGCUCAAUGUCAUGGUUGAUAAAAAUUGGAAAACCUUCUUAGGUUGA